UUUGCGGAAGUAGUCGAAAGGAAUCGCGUUAACUGAUUAUUACCAUUUUCUUUGCUGUUUUAAUGCAAUCAUUUGCUUUAUGUGGUAACACCGUUAGCUUUUUAAAAGCUAAAUUUCAAUGGAGAUUGAAGUUGAUAUAAUUGAGUUCAAAGUUCCUCUCGAAAACAACAAAACAAUUUUUAUUUGGGACAUAAAGUCAACAUUUUCAGAGGCGUACAUUUAUGAGUACCUGUGGAGCGUGUAUUCAGCAUUUGGAGCUCUCUACCUGCUGAAGGUAUGUCCCAAUGCCACAGUGGCAGAACCCGGGUUCUACGCAAUGGUCAAGUUCUACUCUGCAGCACAGGCCUCCAAAGCUCAGAGGGCCACUGAUAAACAGUGUCUUUUCCAGAGCUCUCCAUUAAAGGUGAGAUUGAGCAUAAAGCAGAAUCUGUCCUUCUAUAGCACUAAACCUCUCAGCCUUUCCAAAUGUCAAAACCUGGCUAAUCACUACCUGGGCUUCAAUGGCUGGUCUACUCGCAUUAUCACUUUGAAGGACAUCUCAAAAUGUGCGGAUGCCGGGUGGCAAGAAGAACCGGACAGCCAGGGCAUGCUUAUGAAAUAUGGCUGCAUAGCUGAAUUGACCUUCCCACAGCAUGAAGUGAGAUGCCAUGGGGUAGGUGUGGAAGAGGAGAUCAUUGACAUUGAUCGAGACCCAGUGGAAAAGCUGAGAAAAAGAGGGACCCUAAUGAAACGGGCCAAAGACAAAGCUGUGGUGCGGGCCUUUGAAAAAGUGCUUCUCAUGAUCCUGGGAAAUGGGAAAGUAGCAAUUGAAUGCAAGCAUGAUCCAGAUGAGAUUCUUCCAGAGGAAAACUCUGAAGGAGUCAUAAAGGUAAAUGACAUCUCCUGGAAUGAGUUUGAUGGUGCUAACAGUAAUAGUGAAGAGGAUUUCCCAUGGGACAUCACCGUGGAUCUUACUCACUAAUGCCAACUCAAGAGCAGUUUCUUCUACCUACAAAGCAGCCAAUAUUUUCCAGAUAAGUGACCACCAACAUUGUGUAAGUCUCCCAACCCCUUACAGUGGAUUUCUCUCAUUGACACCUACUCAAGUCCAGCUUCCUCUACCCACAACGCAGCCAAUGUUUUCCAGAUAACUCACCAGAAAAUUUGUGACCUAUUCCAUUGUUGUUUUUUUGUUUUUGUUUGUUGGUUUGCCUGUAAUGUCAGUUGCCAUUGUAAACAAAAAGCUCAGUGACAACAUACAUUGCAGGUUGAUGACAUCAGUGAUACCAGAUGUUAUGAUCUCACUCAAAGGCAUAUUACUGACAUUUCAAAAUGAGUAUUUGCUGAAUUGAAGCAGCUUGUGCUUGGUUAAAAACUCAGUGACUUUGCAGAACACAUGGUGAUUUCCCUCAAGACCUAAUAUUUAACAAAAUAACAAAAUGUUGACUAAGUAUGAUGGUAGUACAAGUAAUUCAGGGAAUCCACAAAAAAAGUAAAACUAAGUUAGUAAAUAUACUGUGAAAUGAAUAUGCCUCUAUGUUAUGCAUGUUACUUUGUCUUUACAAUAGAAUACAUUAGGACAGAGGGUUAGUUUAGUUAGAAGUUUGGUUGUAGUAUUUUUGUCAUUAAAAUGAGUUGUCUGUUUUAUGUUUGGUUUUCUGGUGUGUAAAAUAAAAUAUUUUUUUGCUGUAUAUCUUAGCACUGUGUCCCUCUGUCUUUCCUUUUUAAUGUGUUUUGGGCCUGUUUCUGAUCAGUAGUUUUAUUUUAUUUAGUUGAAUUGUUCUAGUUAUGCUCAUAAAUUACUGGAAAAGUCAUAGAUAUUCACUGAUAAGGUAAGGGCACCCUAUAUCCGGUACCUCACCAUCAGUUUAAGAUAGUUUUUUCUACUCAAUUGCUAGAGAUAAUAGAUUAAAAUAUUUACCAUUGCCAUUAUUUUUCUCUCUCUUGGCUCAUAGUUUCAGGUUACCCAAUGUCUCUGUGACAUAAUUUCAGUAACUCAUUGAGGCUAAUUUGCAUGCUUCUCAACUUUACAGCCAACUGGUGGCAGUGUUUGAUGUGUUAAACGAAAAUGCAAUUCUGUGUGUUUGUAUAUCAGAAAAAGUCCACUUGAUUUGCAUAUGGUAGCAAGAGGCUGGACAUGACAGGGUCUAUAGUGCACCUCUGUGUGUCAGAAUGUGUUAUGGUCUAUUUUUGCUAUUUACUUUUAUAUGAGAGGACAAACAAUUAUAAAAACGUAUUUUUCUAAAUGAAAUUACCAUUACUUAAAAUAAAAUAAAAAAGUUACAACUUUAUAAGUACUGUAAUGUUUUGUUUUUUUUAAGUCACUAACGGAAAUGAUUGCAAUUAUUGUCAAACUUUUCUAUACCUAUUAUCCAACUCUCUAUCUUACACACACACACACACACACACACACAAAAGCCUGUUGUACCACAUUUGAUACAGUUUAUUUCAACAUAAUUUUUCUAUACAAUCAUUUAUGAGUUUUUAACCAAGCACAAGCUGCUUCAAUUCAGCAAAUACUCAUUUUGAAAUGUCAUUAAUAAUGUAAAUGUUAUUAUUAUAUUUAUCUUAUCAAAAUCAUCAAAGAAUUCACAGCUAAAAGCCAUGUGCAUCACCAUAUGAAAGUGGCCAUUAGAAAUGAUAUUACAAGGUCUUCUACUUCCAGAACAGAACAGAAGUUUUCACCAGGAUUUGUAAAAAAUCUAAGUACCUGCUUAUUAUAAGUACCUUAAAUCCUUACAGUAAAGCUGAGGAUUUCUGUGCACGAGUAGUACCACAAUUGACAUAUAGGUGGCGAUGUUAAAACGCUACUAAGGAAGCCUGUGUUCACUUUGAAAACAUGGUAGGUAAGCCCAUGUCAGUUUUCAUGUUCAUAAUUUACAGAUGAGUUUACUGCAAAUCUACUGAAAAAUCUUCUGUACAAUAUACAGAUGUUAUUAUUUUUAAACAUAUCAAGGGUUAAUGCAAGAUUUAUAUUGUAAUUCCUGUAUUUGAAAAGUGUUAAACUGUCGGCUUGACAUUUGCUCAUGAAAGCAGUAAAUUAGUCUUUUUCUUAGUUUUUCCCAUAUUUGAUCAAAUAAAGGAUCAAGAUCAAGUUGAUACAGCAUUUUCUAUUUUGAACCCAGCUCAGCUGUACAUGUUCUGGUUUGUUUGUUAGACUGACAAAGACUUCAAGAACCUCUAUAAAUGGUUAAUGAGUCAUAAAGUUACUUAUGAGGUUACAAAGUGAUCUUGAUGAUUUUUUAAACAUUUGUGAGAGGUCUACUCAGUGAUGUGUGAAUAUGUAUGACAGGAUGUGUCUGCACUUUUCUCUGUGAUUUUAUUCUCCUUCGGGCUGCUAGGCAAACACAACAACGGUGCUUAAUUCCUCUUACUCAACAUCAUACCGUGCUAUUUUUAAUUUUAGGGAGGGACGAUCAUGUGGUUUUCACCUUUCUCUCGCUCAUUUUUAUCAUAAUCACCCUGCGCACCCUUUCAGUUCCAUAUAAUUUUCACUUUCCAAUGUAAGAUGCCAGUAGGGCCUCUCCGUGUGGUUAAAAUAUUGCAGUUAUUGUAUUUCACCAGAAACAUUUAAUUUACUGACAUUGUUUUUUUGCACGUAAAACUACAGCUGAAAAUAAAAACACAAAGUUUAUCCAUAAAGACUAAAACACACACACACACACACACACAGAAUCUUGGGCAAAACUUGAACCGAGUGAAUAAUAAUUCUUAAAGCAGUCUUGAAUACAUGGGGUCUCCUCCGAGAGGGGCGGGUGUCCACAAAAAUGUUGUCCUAAACUAAAAUUUUAAAACACAUGUUUAAUCUGCGGUUAACACCACAUCACCCCUGAGCCAGAUAUACACCAUUGUCUGGGUGACCUUUACCUAACUUCACAUCAACUGCAGUUUAACCCUUAUGUUGUGUUCCAGUCAUUUUGACCCUGAUUACUUUUUUAUCUUACAAUUUUUUUUUUCUUUAUCCAAUUGUCUUGACUUUGUUCACAUAUGGUAUCUGAAAACAAAUAAAUAAAU